GUAAUGCUUAGCUCGUUCUACUGUAUUUACAUCCAUGCUUUAAAUGUAGUUAUUUUACACGUUAUAGCCUAUUGACUGUUAAAAAUAGGUAGGCUAAGUUUAGAGGAUUCAUGACCCAGGCACUUCUUCCUGAAAUUAUGAAGUAAAUGGAGGACUGGAGGAGACACGUUAAGCACAUCUCCAUCCUCAUCUUUGGAGCAGUGGUGAUCUUCCUCUUUUACCACAACUCUAAAAGGAAGUCAGAAGCAUGGGAACCGGCUCCGGAGCCUGACAAUUACCAUGUCCCCUAUCCAGGAAACUACAAAUUCAUUAUGGACGAAACACAGACGUGUCAAAAGACAACUCCUUUUCUGGUCCUGAUGGUCCAGAUCGCACCCUUUGACGUGGCUGCUCGAGACGCCAUCAGGAGGAUGUGGGGGAGUGAAAAGCUGGUUCUGGGUCAGCUGGUGGAGACUCUCUUCAUACUGGGCCUGCCUGGUGGAGCAGACGCUGAGCAGCAGCAGAAGAAGCUGGAACAGGAGAACCAGCAGCACCACGACCUGAUCCAGAGUGACUUCCAGGACAGCUACGGCAAUCUGACCAUCAAGACGAUGACGAUGCUGGAGUGGCUGUCAGCUUACUGUGUCAAAGCCUCCUUUGCCAUGAAGAUCGACUCGGAUAUGUUUCUCCACGUCCCAAAUUUGGUGAAACUUUUACUGGAUUCAAACAGUUCGAAAGCACUAAACUACAUGACAGGUCUGGUUUGGUGGCACAGCCCAGUUCUCAGAGACCAGUCCAACAAGUUCUACAUGCCUAAGACAGUGUUUGCUGAGCCUGAGUACCCCCCUUAUCCCCUGGGCAUGGCCUACGUUAUGUCCUUGGAUCUGCCUCGAAAAAUCCUGGAAGUUUCUUCUCACAUUAAACCGAUUUUUAUAGAAGAUGUGUACCUGGGAAUGUGCCUGAAACGCCUGGGUAUUUCCCCCACAGACCCUCCUGCAAAGACGAUGUUUCUUGUCGACCCUGUGCAUCCUCUGAGCACCUGCUAUCUCUCUAAAGUGAUCGCUAUGACGACGACAAGCAUCCCACAGAUGAAGAGUUACUGGGAGAGGAGCAGACAGCCAGACGCUAAAUGCUGAUUGGGUUUACAAAGACUGAAGUUAGACUCCUUUUGUCCCUUUCUGAUUGGGCUCAAAAAAAUCAGUUUUUUGAGAAAAUGUAAGCACCUUGCUUUCUGUCUGUGCGUUUAAAAGACAUAACUUUAAGCACUUGUGCCUGUAUUUCCGGGCUGACAUUCAUGGCCGUCUCAGCUUUCAUAAUCUGUUUUCACAAAUGCACUCUAGAAAAUCUGAGGACAGCCUGCUACUGAAAUGUAGCAUGUGCAUGAAUGUUUUUUUAAGUUUGGGGAAUGGAACAUUUAGAAUGAGAUCUUUGAUGUGUGAUGUAAUAAUAAUUUAAUGUUAAUAUAUGAAGACAUGAGAUUGUAGAAUAAAACCUGUUUGCACCUUUGAUGAUGGAGAUAUGGAGUUAAGUUCCUCUUCUGUCUUCCUCACUCAGCAGAAGCUAGCCUUUUAUUUACAGUAGUAGUUGCUCCUUCUUCCAGAAGAGGGCAGGCUUACUUUAAGAAAGAUUAAAAAAAAAAAGAAAAGGGAAUGGAUUUCUCAGGGGAAUAUUCCAUGCAUGUGUUUAUUUUAUUCUCCAAUAUGGAUGAGAAGGUUUUUUCUACUUUUCACUCAAGGUUUUACCAAAAUUGCCUCUUCUGACUAUUUCUUGAUGAGAUGGAACUGAAAUACAUUCUUGUACACUAUACUGUGAAGUGACCUGGACAAGAGGCAAACUGAUGUCAAUGAUGGAAAAUGUGAAGUUUUGUGAGAAAACCACAUAAAUUGACUGUACUUAACUUACCUUCAGUUUCAGUGCAAACAUGAGUUUACGCUCUGCAUGACUUUUUAAAACACCAAACCUGCUUUUGUGUUUAUUGUUUAUUUUUCUAUUUCCAGAAAAGGGUUCUGUUGUACUUUUGCACAGCAUCUCGCAUCAUUGUCAAUAAAAAGAGUGACUUAGAUGUUA